UGCAGAGUCUUCAUUUGGUAUAUCGACGAUCCAUCGAUCCAUUUGCGAUAUUGUUCAAGAAUGGCAUCUUCACUUACUGUCACAGCAUUCCUUGUAUUUACUAUGUACCAUCAAGUACUGGCGGCGGGCAACCGCGACGCCUAUGCAAAUGACAUUAACAACUGCCUGUUUAAAUACUGGCCACCUAAUGUACUGAAAGGAAAUGUCCCCUGCCCGGGCUCACAGCUCUGUUACUCGAACAUGAGCAAAGAUCCAGCACAAUUUGUCGUUUGCUACAAUACCAAGACUCUCACUCCAGAUUUUACCUCGCAUGUGAUAGUUGGUGAUCCCGCGGCUUCACGAGCGGGCAGGAAAGAUGAGUGGUAUGACGAAAAGGGAGUGUUUGCCCCUAACCCUGAAUCAUCCGUGGCACCUCCAAAUAAUGAGUACAAGGUAGCCAAUCAAAAAGAUCUUUUUCCAAAUUACAACUCCGACUGCAAUACGGGACGGUUCUGUGCGAGAGGACAUCUAACUCCAAACUCUGACUUUGCGACGUCAGAAGAACGUAUAGAGACGUUUAUCAACACUAAUAUAGCACCACAAUGGCAGCUGUUCAAUGGCGGAAACUGGGCUAAAGUUGAGGAAGCUGUCAGGGAAUACAAUGCAGGACAAAGUGAUAAACAACACAAACAUUUACUGUAUAUCUUUACAGGAACAGCUGGUUUUGGAGGACAGCUAGAUGGAAACGUAGUCGAAGUGAAGCUUAACAACAGAGUCUAUGCUCCAACAUACUACUGGAAGGUAGUCUGUGAUCCCCAGGCUCCAACUCCACCGGGAGCCACCACAGGAGGACARUCAGUAGUCAUAAUGGCAGACAACAACAUCGGUGAUAUCAGUGACAUUCAGAUUGAAAGCAAAUGGAACCCAGCAAAGUUUCAGACGAAAAAGCGAGGUUUUAUCCAAUUGUAUAGCCUGGAUGAGGUAAACAAGAUCUUCAUGGUGAGCAAUCUUCAUCUUCCGCCCUUGGGAAGCCAAUGUAACCCAGACAAGAGGGGGACGUUUUUGGACAGCGUACUUGAUAAUAAACUUACUUGAGUCUAAAUGAUAUAAAAAUAUGCAGUAUAACRRUAUGCAGUGYGUAAUAAUAAAAAAUGUUGUCAUGAAAUCAUGAUGAGAACAGUGCAUGUUUUAGUCAUU